AUGGCGAGCAGGAGUAACGGCAGUGCAAGACGGAAGAAGAACAUUGCUGAGCACCAGAAGGAGCGAAGACGGGCCCUUCAGGCACGCCACCGUGCCACUUUGGCAGGCCUCUUUGACAGCUUGAGGAACGUGGUGUGCCCUUCUUCCAAAAAGACUCCCGCCAAGUGGAAGAUCUUGCACCAUGCCAAGAGCUAUCUUCAAAAACAGGAGGCCCGUUUCGUCAGGCUCCUGCCGUUGAAGGAGAUGUUCCUGCUGGAAGAUGACGGCCCCUGCAGUUUAAAAGAAGUCAGAGAGGAGUAUCGGCAUCUGUAUUGUCAGUGCAGGGGUUCCGGUCCUGUCAUGGGUGAUGAUUCAGAGAGCAGCAGCGAUGAGGACCCCACAGAUGACCCAGGCCUGUCCCAGUCCUCCGCCGUCUCCGUGUCCGGCAUCCAGGAGUUCGAGGGGUACCUGUUCUUCUAUAGGCAGACAGUGGAGCUGUUGCUAGGCAGCGGGGUGCUGUCCCCAGAGCAGACAGGCCUGCCCGUGGUGUCUGAGGCCAUCUCAGGUCUGUGGAGGAGCCUGUCGCCUGAGCAUCGGGCUGCCAUGCAGAGCUGCAGCCAGGGGCAGGGAACCCUCCUCUGGACCGGUCAGGCCGAAGAGCCCCCUCUCCCAGACACGCCCAUCUGGUCCUCCCAGACUAACAGCCAGGGAGCGUCCACAUCCUCUGGCUCCACCUACGAGGAGGACCUCCAGGAUGCUUAUGACGUGGUUCAGAAGGAACUGGACUUGACUGCAGCUGACAGGUAUUCCGUAGACGUGGAGAAGAUGCGGGAGAUCUACAGGAACAUCAUGUGCUUUGUGAGGACCCAGAUGUCAGAGGAGCCUGAGCCCACACAGGACCUGUGUCCAGACUACGAGGCGGAUUUCCUGAGGUGCACCGAAACAUUUGAUGAAGACUUGUAA